UCGGAUAUUUCCGUCACCACGCACCUUGGCAUUCUGGGACGCAAUCAUGGCGAUGCACGUACCGACACCACCGGGCUUUGCCCAGAUGUUAAAAGACGGUGCUCAGCACUACAGCGGACUAGAGGAGGCAGUAUAUCGGAACAUAGAUGCUUGUAAGGAGCUAGCCAGGACCACAAGAUCUGCACUGGGUCCACUUGGCCAAAAUAAGAUGGUCAUCAACCAACUGGAGAAGCUGUUUGUGACCAAUGAUGCCGCAACCAUCUUACGUGAGCUGGAGGUUCAGCACCCAGCAGCCAAGAUGUUGGUGAUUGCAUCUCAUCAGCAGGAGCAGGAAGUUGGAGAUGGUACCAACUUCACUCUUGUGUUUGCUGGAGCUCUGUUGGAGCAGGCCGAAAGUCUGCUGAGGAUGGGUUUGUCUGUAACAGAAGUAACCGACGGAUAUGAGUUGGCUGCUAAAAAAGCUCACGACCUUCUUCCAGAUCUUGUGUGUGGAGAAAUAAAGAACCUGCGAAACAAAGAGGAGGUCACAAAGAUUGUCAGAUCUGCUAUCAUGAGCAAGCAGUACGGAAAUGAAGACUUUCUCGCAGGCCUUGUUGUGGAUGCCUGCAUAUCCAUUUUACCUCAGAAAGUGAGCUUCAACGUAGAUAAUGUCAGAACCUCCAAAAUUCUGGGGAGUGGAAUCAAUAAUUCAUCUGUAAUUAGAGGCAUGGUGUUCAAGCGACUAGUUGAGGGAGAUCUAACCAAGGCUGAGAAAUGUAAAGUGGCGGUCUUUUCCUGUCCACUCGACUCAAUGCAGACAGAGACAACGGGUAAGGUAUUGAUCAAAACAGCUAAAGAAUUGACAUCAUUCAGCAAGGGAGAAGAAAAUUUAAUGGAAGAACAAAUAAAAGCAAUAGCUGGCACUGGCUGUAAGGUGGUGGUAUCUGGAGGAAAGGUUGGUGAGCUUGCCCUCCAUUUCUGUAACAAAUACCAGCUGAUGGUGGUGAGGCUGAUGUCAAAGUGGGACCUGAGGAGACUGUGCAAGUCGAUAGGAGCCACACCCCUUCCUAGAGUUACCGCACCAACAACAGAAGAAUGUGGAUACUGUGACCAUGUGUUUGUAGAUGAGAUAGGAGACACCGCUGUUAUUGUGUUCAAACAAGACAAGGAAGAGAGUGCAGUGUCGACCAUCAUUGUCCGAGGCUCCACAGACAAUAUCUUGGAUGAUAUUGUACGUGCUGUUGAUGAUGGUGUAAAUACAUUCAAAGCAUUAACAAAGGAUGUGAGGGUCGUACCAGGAGCUGGUGCCACUGAAAUAGAGUUGGCCAAGCAGUUGACCACAUAUGGAGAGGGGCAACCUGGUCUAGAGCAGUAUUCAAUUAUGAAGUUUGCAGAAUCUUUAGAAGUUAUUCCAAGAGCUAUCUCCGAAAAUGCAGGAGCAAAGGCCACUGAAGUACUGUCCAAGCUCUAUGCUGCUCACCAGGAGGGGAAAAAGAAUGUCGGAGUUGAUAUUGAGGCUAGUCCAGUAGAUGUGGCCGAUGCUGUAGAAAAAGGAAUCUUAGAUCUGUACCUGAACAAAUACUGGGGCAUCAAGUUUGCCACAGCAGCAGCCUGUACUGUACUCAAAGUGGACCAGAUUAUCAUGGCCAAGCAAGCCGGUGGACCAAAGGCAAAGGAUAACAAACACUGGGAUGAUGACUAAAACUAUACAUUGGUAUAAGGAAUUGUUCAAAGGACAUGGGUGCCUCCAUUUCUGUUCAAAUGACGUUCAUGGAUACUUCCAUUUCUGUUCAAAGGGCAUACAUGGCUGCCUACAUUUUAUAUAAUCCCCCUUCUUUUGUUGAUGAGAGCGCCUCAGAUUUUGUUUGGAGAAUGUUUAGAUAUGAAAUAUAUUGUAUGUUUGAAGAUGUGUAAGAGAAAGAAACUUGUGUGCUGAUGUGUGUAUUGAACUGUCAUGGGCAUGUGAGAAACAUCAUGAUAUCUAUAGCAAUUUGAAUUAAACAGGUAAAAAAGUAUGAAGGAGAACCUCUAUCUCAUUGAAUUAGCUUACAUAAUUCUAUAUUCCAUUUUGUUAAUUUUCUGCUUUGAUGAAAGAAUUUUUAUUUUGUUUGUGAUAUUACAAAUUAACCACGUUAUUUUUGGUGAUAAAUUAUGAACCACAAUAUCAGAUUAUUCUAUCAUGGCUUUACCCAUAUUUAUUUAUGAUACUUAUUGAAUUGCUGAUUGUGGUUAGUACAGCCAAAAAACCGCAGCUGCAGAGAAAUUGACUACCAGGUUAAACUCUUACAGCUUUAACAUCUGUAAUCGGAUGUUAUCAAGAGGUGUCAUUUAAAAAGAUACUCUAUUCAUUCCGGUCCGAAUAGUUUAUGGUCUAUAGGAAUUGUGGAUGAAAAACAGGCAGAUAGAUGGUUCUGUUCAGAGAAAUAUGGAACAAAAAUAGACAACUGGAUCUGUGAUCAAAAUCUGACGGAUGGAUGGUUUAGUUCUCUUAUUGCUAUUAACUGUUCAACUACUGGUACAACCUAGUGCUAUUUGGACCAGCUGUCUGUCCAAUCUAUUGGUUAGGACAGACUAGUCUCAUCGUGUGGUGUGAGAGAAGUGAGAGAAUUAUUUAUACUUGAUCAGCUUUGUACUUUCAAUGUCAUGUACUCCUUUGAAUUCCUUUUUUUAUGUGAUCGCAGAUUUUGCCCCCCAAAAAAAUAACAACAUUGACUGAAA